AUGCCCGAAGCGCAGUCGAGUCAGAAUGCCGUUGCCCGUUGGACUAGUAGGGCCAUCCCAAUUGUCCUCGUCGGCGCCUUAGGCUAUGCGACGUAUGUUAUAGUGUCUCCGAUAUGCAUCGACUACCUAUACCGUGAUCUCCACGAUCCGGGUGCCGUCAUCGCGAUUCUCAUUCUCUAUUUCCUAUUCUUCUUUCCUACGGUUCUUUCUUAUAUUCGAACAAUCUGGAUUAUCAAGACUAAUACGGGUCUGGUUCCUCUCGGGCCUCACUCCCAAACUGUGGAAACCCGGCCUCAUUCUAGCGGGAGAGGCAGGGGCGGAAGGAGGAAACAAGGAGAUCCCGAGUCACAGCCCUACUACACCGGACCCGAUCAAGAUCUGGACAGCCCGGGACUCGAGAAUUUCUACAGCAAAGACGCAUUCAUUUGCGAGAGCGAUGGCCGCCCCAGGUGGUGCUCGGUGUGUCGCAAUUGGAAACCGGAUCGUGCCCACCACUCGAGCGAGCUAGGACGAUGCGUGCGCAAGAUGGAUCAUUACUGUCCGUGGGUCGGAGGUAUGGUCUCGGAGACUUCUUUCAAGUUCUUCACCCAGUCAAUGGCAUAUUGUGCGCUGCUCUGCGCUGUUGUACUGGGGGCAUCUGCGUACGCCCUUGCGAUGCAAAGCCGCGAAGGCCGAACACUCAACGGGAACAUCAUCGCAGCAACCGUCUUGUCUGCCUUUUUCCUCAUCUUUACCUUUACAAUGUCUGCGACUUCCAUCCGCCUCAUCUUGCUGAACCUGACAAACAUCGACACAAUGAAAAAGAGAUGGGUGCAUCAGCUAGCCGUCCGAGUUCCCCGGAGCACGCCACCGACCAAUCAAUACGGAAUCGUCACAUAUCCCUUGCAGAACCCUUCACCACCCGGGCCGCCUGCCUCAAACGGACAACCUGGAGCCCGGGAACAGCCAAUAUCGCCGAGGGAUAGAAUGGCAACCAACGCGUUUGCCAUAUUACGGACUCAGGCCGAUGAAAACCCUUGGGACCUCGGAUGGAAGGAGAACUGGAAGGAGGUGAUGGGAACAAACCCCCUGGAUUGGCUUCUGCCCAUACGCAUGUCGCCCUGCGCCAUGCACGACCAUAUGGUCAGCGACUACCGUAUGGACUGCAUGCUGCGCAAGUUGACGGAGCGGUACGGUCUCAAAACCUUCAUUGAGGGACAUGCGACCGACGUGGAAAUGGGGGAAGUCAGAAGGACCGAAAGUGGGAGGUAA